CAAUUGCAGUUCUGUAUUUGACCUUUUCGACGCAAUUGUGUAGCCAAACUACUGUCAACUAGCUGUCCUACACUCCUACUCCCGCCCCUUCUUCUUCUUCUACGAAACCCCCUUGCCCUCCUCAUAUGGAGUAUUUAACUCCGCUCUCUCCCUCUCCCUCACAUCAAACCAUCAUCGCAAAUUACCAAUUAUCUUCAUUCCAAACAAACACUUUCACUUCAAUGUCGUCCAUCCAGCAACCAAAUUUCCAGGAUUUCUUCCCGCUUAUGGCGGAGAAGCUAGGCGGCGACGGAUUGCUUGCCGAAUUGUGCAACGGUUUCCGGUUAUUGAUGGACUCCGAGAAAGGGGUUAUCACAUUUGACAGUUUGAAGAACAAUUCUGCUUUUUUGGGGCUCCAGGAAUUGUCGGAUGAUGAUCUUUACAGUAUGCUCAAAGAAGGGGAUUUCGACGGAGAUGGCGCUCUGAAUCAGAUGGAGUUUUGUGUCUUGAUGUUCAGAUUGAGCCCAGGGCUGAUGGACCAAUCUCAGCUUUUGUUGGAAGAGGCUCUUCUACAGGAGGAGGCUUUCCAAGAUUUCAACUUUUCUUUAAGAAAAUUUGUAUUGCACUUUUUUCACUCAGACUGGAAUUCUUGACCGCAUAGGAAACUUCAGAGAGGAAGGGCCUCUAAAUGUCAGCAUCAUCUUCUAAAUGGUUAUAUAUUUGUCUUUGAAGAGCUUUGAAUGAU